AUGACCUCUUUGAUUGAAAAUCAAUGUCUGAUACGAGCAUGGUUAAACGUUUUUAAUGAUCCUUUCACUUCGGAUGCCACAUUUUACUUACCAUCUAACGGGGAUAAGUUGGCUUCUUCUGACUUAUCCGAUUCGGAGAAUUCAAAUUCCAGUUUAGAAUUCAAAUAUGACUUUGAAGUUAUUAUUGAGGACAUUGAUCCAUUAUAUUUUUAUCUUGCAUUGUUAUUUUUAUACACGGGAAACCUCAAGUAUCAAAUGGAAAAGGAAGUAAUGAAAUAUGUGGUCGAAAACUUUAGUGAUGUAUUCAAAUCAUCAGGAUACCAAGAAUUCUGCGAGAAUCCUAACGCUUGUCCGUCAUUUCAUGAGCUUAACACAGAAAUUUUAUUAAUUUCAUGA